AUGCAAUUGUCGUUUAGCCAACGACUACAGCACUACUCCUACCUCGAAGCCUGGCAGUAUCCCGGCAACCGAUUGGCCUACUCGAUCGUCGUCUUCGUCCUCCAGUACCGGCCGCGGCCUACCUCGACCAGCCUGAUCUACAUGCAUCUUGCGGCCAGGAAGCUGAUGCUCUACCCGCCCAGCAACAGUCUAGGACUCUCGCCUCUGCCCCAUGGAGACAGCGUGGCUUCAGCGAACAAGAAGGUCAACGAGGCGAGGCCAAGGACAACGGAGGCACCAACUCAACUCCAGACAGGAGAGGGUACACCCGACACUUAUCCUCUUCAUCCUCCUUUUCUUAAUGAUCGUCACAAUGAUCAUCACAAUCAAACUUUAUCGCACUCAUUUCUUCGUUGUCAUCGUCAUCAUUAA